GAUUCACUUAUAAAAGAGACAUAAAAUGGCUUCUUUCUGGAGGCAUAUCUACUUUAGAGAAGCGCUGAAAAAAGAUUUUCAAGAAAAUUUUUGUGGAAAAAGUUUGAAUGCAGAAUUGAAGGAAAGUGCUCUAUUGCAAGUAAAUAAUCUGUUGGGUAAAUUAGAGACAGAGGAGCAAAGGAAUAAAGAAAAUGAGAAAAUGGGGGAGAAUAAAAAAUAUGAUAAUUUUGUUUCUGCUCUUGAUACCCUGCUCUCACUCUGGGAGUACGCGGCCACAAACUCAUCAGAUCCGGAGAAGAAGGAACAACGAGAUAUGGUUGAAGUGUAUGUUGAAUGUAUAGCUCGUGGCUCCAGGAUAAUUUUCCUCUCUGGAGAAUGGAUGCAAUUUGAUUCAUUUACAAAGUCACAUCUGGAGAAAAGACUGUAUAAAGUGAAGGAGCAGGUUCCUGCGUCUAGCAGUACUGUCGAAGGUGACAUUUUAUUUAUCAAUUUCAAUCAAUGAAU